AUGGCGACGACGGCGGUUUCAGCCUCUCCGGCAAGCUCUGGCGGCGUCGUCCGCCGGCGGCGCGUGCUGAUGUUCCCGCUGCCGUUCCAGGGCCACCUGAACCCGAUGCUGCAGCUGGCCGGGGUGCUGCACGCGCGGGGCGGCCUGGACAUCACCGUCUUCCACGGCACCUUCAACGCGCCCGACCCGGCGCGCCACCCUCCGGAGUACCGCUUCGUCCCCGUCGGCGAGGGCGUGGCGUGGGCCGACCUCGUCCCGUCCGGCGGCGGCGGGGACGCGGACGACGACAUCCCCGGCGCGCUGCUGCGGAUCAACGAGCGCCUGCGGGAGCCGUUCCGGGACCGCCUGCGCCAGGCUCUCGCCCUCGCCGAGGACGACGCCGCGCCGCCGCCGGCGUGCCUGGUGCUGGACUCCAACCUGCGCGAAAUGCAGCUGGUGGCCCAGGAGCUCGGCGUGCCCACGCUCGUGCUGCGCACCGGCGCCGCCGCUUGCCUCGUCGCCUACAUGGCGUUCCCGGCGCUCUGUGACAAGGGCCUCCUCCCGCCGACAUCGAAAGAUAAGUCCCAGUUGGACAUGCCAUUAGAUGAUCUUACACCACUACGACUAAGAGACAUGGUGUUCUCGUCCGCUGCUACACCUGCUAAUAUGAAAAAAUGCCUAAAAUGUUUAGUGGAUGCAGCAAGGAGUUCUUCUGGUGUCAUACUUAACACCUUCCGAGACCUUGAGAAUUCUGAUCUUGAAAAGAUUGCCAAUGGCAUCGCAGUUCCAAUAUAUCCUAUUGGGCCACUUCACAAGAUUUCUUCAGGCACUGCUGACAGCUUGUUAGCACAAGAUUGGGCUUGUUUAGAGUGGUUGGACAAGCAAGAGGUAGACUCUGUUCUUUAUGUAAGCUUUGGGAGCUUGGCAUGUAUAGAUGAAAAGGAACUGUUGGAGAUAGCAUGGGGCUUGGCCAACAGUCAAGUGCCAUUUCUGUGGGUUAUUCGUCAUAACUUGGUCAAAUCCUCCUCUAAUGACGUGAGCCUUCCUGAUGGCUUUAAGGAGGAGACACAUGGAAGGGGAAUGGUGGUGCCAUGGGUUCCACAACAAGAAGUUUUAAGACACCAUGCAAUUGGUGGAUUUUGGACUCAUAAUGGAUGGAACUCAACUCUAGAGAGCAUUUGUGAAGGUGUCCCGAUGAUAUGUAGACCCCAAUUUGCUGAUCAGAUGAUAAAUAUGAGGUACGUCCAAGACGUGUGGAAGAUAGGGUUUGAGCUAGAUGGUGACUUAGAGAGGGGGAAGAUCGAGAGGGCUGUUACAAAGUUACUUUGUAUGGAAGAAGGAAGGCAUAUGAGACAGAGGGCCAAGGAUUUAAGGAACAAAGCCAUUAAGUGCAUCAAGGAAGAAGGCACCUCUAAGUCUGCAAUUGAGCUAUUGGUAAAUCACAUAAUGUCAUUUUAG